AUGCUGCUGCCUCUGGCACUAGCCUUGGCGACCGCGGCCCGGGCCGCUGACCUAAAAUGCUACAAGCCGGACGGCACCGAGGACCCCGAGCAGAAGCCUUGCGACCCGACCGCCAAGAUCGGCACCUGCUGUCGGCCGACCGACUUUUGCCUGUCCAACGGCCUGUGUCUCGGCGGCGGAGGCAACAAUGGCUUUUCGCAGCAGGGCUGCACCGCCAAGGGCUGGGACUUUCCCUGCCAGUCUUACUGCUCCGAUAGCAUCGCUCGCUUCAGCGACGGCUUCCACUACAUGUCGCAGUGUAGCGGCUUCGACAGCACCGCCGUCAACCUCUUCUGCUGCGGCGGCGACUACACCUGCUGCAACAACACCGACACCUUUGUCCGCGGCAUCAAGAAGUUCACCACCAUGUCGCGCGCCGGCGGCAGCCCUACCUCCUCCGCGACCGGCAGCGGCGGCACGGUGACGGUGACGGUGACGUCCACCUCCACAGCAGACGACAACAACAACGGCACCAACAAGACGGACAACUCCAAGGUGGUCGCCGUCGGCGCGGGCGUCGGCGCGUCCCUGGGCGUGGCGCUGCUCGUGGCCGUCGGCGCUCUCGUGUGGCAGGUACGGAAGCAGAAGAAGUACAUGGCGGUGCACCUCGCGGCGCCGCAGCAGCACGUGUACUCGGGCCAACCCAAGUACGAGCUGCAGCAGCAGCAGCAGCAGCAGCAUCCGGCGGAGCUGGCGACGGAGUGA